AUGCCGUCAACAUAUGCAAAAUCGAACCACAACCUGGGCGUCCAGGUCGAACGCUCCAACUACCUCCCCGGAGAUGCCGUAGUUGGGACUGUCUACCGGAGGAAUGCCAUGGUCUGCCCUGAAGCCACAAUCGAAGUCGUGCUCCAUGGCCGAACCAAGUCUAAAAUGGUCGUGAGAAGGAAUAACAACAAUCACACCUACCGCGGGCGCUUCACCCUUCUCAAUUCACGCCAGAGGGUGUUCCAGGGGCCGGUGCAUAUCCCUGAAGGCGUUGGCGAGCAGCAACAAUGGGGGUUCGCCAUCACAAUUCCCACAAACAUCGAUGCACGUCUGUUCCCCCAACAGCACGACGCACGCGAGUCAUAUAUCCCCAUUGACUCUGGAUCAGUCAGCCAGAUGGCCCUCCCUGCUUCUUUCAAUUCUCUAUAUAGCCGAAGGGAAGCUUUCGUCGAGUACUAUAUCGAAGCUACCAUCCGAUACCAGCGAAAAGGCUCGUGGUCCAUGGAAACCGCCGUGGCACCAAUUCAUGUCGUGACCCUCAACCCCAAUCCCCCAAUCGCUGAUUUCAACUUGCUCUCCCGUAGAUAUCAGCAAUCUGUCUCCUCUCAACGUCUGGUCCCGGGCAUGGAGGGUGCGGAACUGUCCAGGAAGGAGAAGAUGAAGAAGUUUUUUGGAAGCUCUUCGGUCCCGAGAUUCGCGUUCAAUCUAGAGGUCGGUGUGCCAAAGUUACUUCAGAUCGGCAAUUAUCCCAUACCCUUCUCCAUGCGUGUCGUGCCUUCGUGGCCGGCGACAACCGAACUUAUCCGGGAUGUACCCCAAAAGGCGAAGCUCGUAACCUUCGGAGCGACGUUGGAAACAUAUUGCAACAUCAGAUGCGAAGGUCUAUUCCGCCCCCACGAAGCACACUGGUGCCAAAAAUCGGAUCUACAGAGCCAAGGUUUUGGAUAUCGCCCGCUGUCAGUUGAGAUCCCCUGCGCGAUAGGCAAUACUUCGCCGGUAGAUGUUGGUGGCGUGAUAAGACUUCGUCUUCCGAGCAGUUCAUCACAAGGAUUCACCACAUUCAACGUCAAAGUGACCCAUCGACUGUCUUGGAAGGCGAAGUGUGAGAUAGCUGGGGAGAGCUUCACCACCCGCGGAACUCAAGAUGUGCUCGUGAUCCCAGCCUGCAGCGUCGGACUUAAUGAGCAAGUGGGAUCUGCGCCCCAGCCGGUACCAGUGGAUGGCGAGAUGGUACAGUCAUGGAUUGUACCGCCCGAUGAGACGGCGCCUCCCCCAAGCUUCGCCGAGGCACAGAAGGAAGAUGGGAAUCAGGGAGCAUCUGAUAAGGGAGGUUCUAAUAAGGGAGGUUCUGAGAUCGCGGGUUCCAGUAAGGCUGAUAUUGCCGCUAUUGAAAGGCGAGAAAAUGCAAAUGAAGCUGCACUCUCGAACGAGAAGUUGUAG